AAGGGAAGUCAUCUUUGUUCCACACCAAUUACACUCAAGAAAAACAGCGCUAAUGGCCCAGAACAAGACCAUUGCGGUGGCCCUGCUCCUUGCCACCCUUGUGGCGGUCAUGGGAAAGGAGCCAGAGACGCUAGAGGAGGCAGUGAGAGCUGGGUGCAAAGAGGAAUGCAGUGAGCAGAAAAAGAAAGCCCCCAUCGACGAGAAACAAUGUGAAGACUUCUGCUUCAUCAAGACCAAGUCUAUAUUUGAGGCCCAUAAGGGAGUGAAGGAUCUAAAGGCGGAUAGAUUCAUAGAUUUUUGCAACAAUGAGUGUAAUGCAGUAUAUAAGGAGGAUCCCGCCACAAGCAAGAAGUGUGCAGAAAGUUGCGAAGCUGAUGCUAAGGAGGCCGAGGUAUUCCUUGAUAAAGUCGUCGCUUAUAUUCAAACAACGAAACAAGCAUGAUUAUAUUAUGUAGUACCUCCCCAUCUGUUCCUUCAUCAUGACCGAGCGACGACAUUAUUAAUGGUUCUCACCCAACGGCCAGCCCUGCAUUACAUUGUCAUGUUUAUUCCUUUUACCUUUUAAGUUGUUUCCUUUUGUUGAAGUUUAUAACUUCCGAGUGAUUGAUUUGGUAUGUCGUUCUUCCCAAUAUUACGGGAGACAUAUGUAAUAAUAUUUCAAUUGAUGAUUAAAUAAAUCUAGAGGUGUUUGGGCUUUUAGCACUGAUUAA